AUGCUCGCCUCGACGACGAUACUACUGGCUGCGCUGCUCUUACCUGCACAACUCACGGUGGCCCAGAUCCCGCCGGAGCUGUUCUCUCCUCUUGGACCACAGAAAGUCCUCGCUGCCGAGCGAGCACGUCCCAACCAGCGCUGGCCUCAGUGGACCAACGCUAACGGGCAAUGGGUCUGGUUCGACGCUGGAGCCUGGACAUCUGGAUUCUUCCCCGCCACUCACUAUGCUCUAAACUCGCGUCGGAUCCUCUGUGGUGCCAACGCCGCCAAUGGCUUGAACAUCGCAGACUGGCGAGCCCUGGGUAUCAACGCCAGCCGAGGCCUUCCUCUCGACGCGAGGUCCGUGGGCCACGAUGUUGGCUUUAUCAGCUUCCCCUUCGUCGAAGAACUAGCUCUGAACCCAAAUGACCAAACGGCGAUUCGCUCUAUCAAUAGCCUUGCGAACGCACUCGCUCAGCGCUUCAAUGACAGAGUCGGCUGUACUCGUAGCUGGGAUACUUCGGAUCCCAACCAGUUCACUGUCAUUAUUGACAACAUGAUGAACCUUGAACUUCUUUUCCACUCGGCGAGGCUCACUGGGAACCAAAGGUUACGAGAUAUCGCUAUUCGACACGCUGACACUACGAUGCGUCACCAUAUACGUCCAGACGGUGGUACAUGGCACGUCGUCGACUACGACGCAAGAACGGGAGGUGUCAUCCGGAAGCGGACAGCUCAGGGAUACUCUGACAGUAGCACCUGGACUCGUGGACAAUCAUGGGGUAUCUACGGCUUCGCAAACAUGCACCGCUUGACGGGCGAAGUUCGCUAUUUGGACACUGCGAGACGCAUGGCCAAUUACUUCCUGAGUAGGCUGCCUGCAGAUGGUUUCGUUCCCUGGGACUUCGAUGCCCCCACUACUCCCACGCGCCUCGCCGAUUCUUCUGCCUCUGCCUUGGUAGCAAAUGCCCUACUCCUUCUCGCUCGCCAAGAUCCAGCGAAUGCGCAACACUGGCGAGACAACGCUAUUCGAAUUCUCGCGGCCGUCACGAGGCUUGCUUGGAGACCGAAUUGGCAAAGUUUACUGUCCAACGGAACGGUUCACAGGCCUCAGAAUAACUACAAUACCGGAACGGUAUACGGCGACUACUAUUACAUCUUGGCCGGGAAUGAGUUGAUUGCUUCGGGUCUUGCAGCUUGCCCUCGCUCCGCAGAUGCCUUUGUCGCCGUCCCCAAUACCAGUAACGAAACCACCUCGGAUUCGUCGGAUAGCGUCGAUCCCGAACCGGUAAAGGAUGAUGAUACUAACAGUGCUCUUGCUUUCAAUAUGGACAGCCUGUUGGGUGGAUUGCUCGCCGUUGCUGGGUUGUCUUUGUAUACCUUGUUCUGA